CGUACGUAUACAAUGUUUCUAUUCGUUACCAUAACCGUGUCGUUACUGACAUGCAUGUGCAGUACAAACGACGAAAUUACACCACCUUCUAUAAAGACACUGCUGGUUGAAUCCAAUGUAUAUUCUAGAUUCGCUGAUGUGCAUGUCACAAGUAAGGUUGUCAACGAAGCAAACGAAGGUAGAGCAGCCAUGUUUUCAAUCCAGGUCCCAACCGAAGCCUUUGUAACAGAUUUCUCAAUGGAAAAUGAAGGUCGAAUUCUCCAUGGUGUGGUGAAAGAGAAGAAAGAAGCCGAAGAAGCCUACGAGGCAGCACGUAAGGAUGGGCAGACUGCCGGACAGGUGACACAAUCCGCUCCACCUUCUCCGGGUCGCGACAUGAAAACUUUUGUCGUGCAUAUGAACGUAGCAGCAAACUCCGAAGCCAUUUUCAAACUUUCAUACCAAGAGCUCAUCGAAAAAGUUUUGGGAAACUAUACGCAAAAAAUACAUAUUGAACCAAACCAAAUUGUUGAAAAUCUUACAGUCGUUGCCUCGUUUCAAGAGCCUCAGGGAAUUGACGUGUUUUCAUAUGCUCUCCCAGACUCAGAAGUAUCUCUCUCAAGUUCCACCCCAUCAAAAAACACUUUAGUGUACGCGUCCGAAACAAAGCAGGAACUUAUUUACAAUCCUUCGGUAGAGGCACAGCAAGAUGUUUCCGGAGAUGGUGAAAGUAUUGGUUUAAAAGGCAAUAUUGCACUGACGUAUACCUUGACGCCUCUGGAAAACAACGGAGGGACACUAAUUGUCAAUGAUGGUUCAUUUGUUCACUAUUUUUCACCAUCUGGUUUGUCGGCGAUGAGGAAAUCGGUUAUAUUUGUCUUAGAUGUAAGUGGUUCGAUGGGGGGAAGAAAACUCGAACAAGUCAAGGAGGCAAUGCAUUUGAUAUUGAUGCGACUUAGAGAUGGUGACUAUUUUAAUAUCAUCAUAUUUAGUGGUAAUGUGGAGCGAUGGAAAUCCAGUCCAGUGUUAGCAAGCAAUGAACACAUUUCUUCUGCAAAGUCAUACGUCGAUGGAUUGGAAGCUGGUGGCAGUACCAACAUCAAUGACGCCUUGUUGUCUGGCGUUCUUGAUCUAAAUAACGCAUUGAUAAAUAAAGGGAACUUGGUCGUGUUCCUUACGGACGGUGUUCAAACCGCUGGUGAAACAAACGAAACUAUCAUACUCCAAAACAUUCAGCUAGCUAACAAUAACGGUUUAGUUUCAAUAUUCUGUCUCGGUUUUGGUCGAGCAGUAAAUAUCGAAUUUCUGGAACGAAUUUCACUUGACAACAACGGAUAUGUUUAUAUUAUAUACGAAGACGAAGUAUAUGAUGCAAGUGAACAGCUUGAUAAAUUUUACAGAGGAAUAGAAUCUGUUCUUCUCAGAAAUAUCGAAUUUCAGUACCCUGCUAAUCUUGUAGUAACAGAAGAUCUAACUGAAACAACAUUCUCCAAUUUUUUCAAUGGGACUGAAAUUAUUGUAGCUGGGAACCUCCAACAGGAAGCGGACAUCGUAUCAACUCCAUUGACAGCAUCGAUCAAUGCUAUUGGUGUGGACAACGACGUUACCUUCACAUCUACGGCCGAACCUGAGACAGGAGAAACCCAACACUUCGUACAUAGGCUCUGGGCGUACAAAAAAACAAAGGAUUAUCUGGAUCGUGCAUUGAAGACAAGUGGAGACGAAAAAAAGAGAUAUGAACAAAAAGCACUAGAAUUGGCUCUGAGAUACACUUUUGUGACUCGCCUUACGUCAAUGGUCGUCACAGAGGCUGUCAACGCUGGGUUUAGUGAAAACGACGAAAGUUCAUUAUUCAAAGCAGGGGUAGGCAUACAAACAAACGUGGUUUCAAACGAAGGCUUACGCGCACGUGCGUCAGCGUUAAUUUCGGUCACCUGUGUUGUGAUUACAUUUCUAGUACAUUUCUAGGUCACCCGAUCUGAAAGGUCAGGGCGACCUAUAGUCAUGGUAUAUCGUCCGUCGUCGGAGGCCGUUCGCCAUGCGUAACUUUUCCAAAGUUCUUAAAUUCAUCUUUGAUAAGUUACAUAAGUGAGUUUCGGCCCAAACUUGAUUCAAAUCAUGAUGAUAUGAUCCAAUUGUAGAUAUUGUUCAGGUCUGUCCCAUAUGACUUUAUAUCUUGGAAAAUGUAUUUCAAACUUCGUAAGUUUAAAUAGUGCCACUGAGCUGAAAUAGGAGGGGAUGUUGAGGAAAGGAAGGCGACAAAACACUAUUUUUUGGGAUUCCUCGAUACUUCGUCAUGACAGCCACUUUCGUCAGUUUAAAGUUACUUGAGACGAAAGUUCAUGUCAUCUUUUGUAGUCAGUUUUGUCUGUCAUGGUCCGCCCAUAAAUAAUUAACGAGUUCUUCUCAACCAUAACCAGAACCAUAUUCAGAAACAAUAUAUUGCCAAAGGUGAAUCAAAAUGAGAGGUCCCACCCCAAGGUGUUUGAGGAACGGAGUAAAAAAAUUCAAAUUUUAAAAAGCCAUUUCAACACCCAGAUUCAGAUUUAAAUACUCUUUAUGGAACGAAGGGUCUUAAAGUUCUUAACCAAAAUUGUGAAUUUAAUUCUGCAAGGGUCUCGCAUUUCCACCUGGAGAAGGGAUAGUACUAAGAGGAUGAUGUCUAUGACAGAUGUUUUAUCUGUACAAGGACUACGACAGCACUAAUGGAAUUCAGGUGACCGUUUAGGCCUCUGGACCUCUUGUGUUAUAGGAUUACGCAAGUUUUGUUUUACUGUACAACACAUAUUUUAAACUUCUUUUCAAUCUUCAGUUGUGCGAAUCAGCUCAAACGUAGAAGACAGUAUUAUAUUUGCACGAUACAUUCAUUUUGUACAAAGUUUCAUUUGCAGUGAGAUAUUGUAAGCGAAAUUAGAGAGUGCAUCGUAUGGCGAUGCGGUGAAUAAUUUUCUGGUGUUUGUUACUUUCCAGUUAUCCAGAAUUCAACAUAUCAUAAACCCAAAGGGCACAUAGGUAAACUUUAACAAGAAGUUGUAUGUGUGCUUACUGCAAGGCUGUGAAAUAGUAUGUAUUCGUGUACUUUCACACGAUUAUGAUCACAAUCAAAAUAGGACGAUGUUAUGAAACGUAACAUACAGAUCAUUUCACUUUCUUGGGAAAUUUUCUGUUUGUCUACAGUAUGAUAAUGUUUAAGUUUGUAUAUUUUAGUGUUAGUGUUAUUAUUAUUUUAUUUUUAUUACAUUUUUGAUACUUUUUUUUAUAUCAGGUAUUUCAUUGUU